GCACCACCGUGACUGCAGUAUUAUAAUAGCAUAUCCAUCUUUCCUUUCGCUCUUUCACUACCAUCCAUAUCUUCUUCGUAUAACCAUGGAUUCGUCUUCUCGUAUGGAUCAGGGUCUCCAUUCCGCAUCCUCACACCCACCCGACAGAAGAUCCAGUUCAUCAUCGCCUUCGCUCCCAGAAAUUCCACCUCCAGAGCUGGAUCUCACGUUCUCACUUGACUCCAUCUUGAACUCAUCCGAUAAAUCAAAGCCAAACCCAGAGUGUUCGGGAACGGUCAAUCACGGUAUUUCAUUCUGCAGAGUUGAGAAAGUGCAGAAACGGGCAAGUAAUGUAUUCAAACUGACGCAGGAGAAUGAGAAGCUGAAAGAGGAGCUGAGAGCAAUGACGGCGAGAUUAGAGGCUGCAGAGCGGAAACGAGCAGAGCUGGCUGCAAAACAGGCUCACGGUCAACCACAAUCUUUCAAGGCAGAUGGCCGUUUUUGAUUUCACGUCGCGCUAAACGUUCUGGCCUACCAUAUUCCAAGUCUGCCUUCGAAUUCGCCACCGCAAAUAGCUACAGUUUAAACCUUUCUUUUUAUAAUACCCCGCACAUUCCUUUUCGACUGUCCUGUUGUUUCUACACACGAUUCGGCAUCGUUGCGCUUUCUUACUUUCUUCGGUGGACAUGCGUUUAAUAUCUUGAUGCAUUUGACUAUCGAUAUAGCAAUGAUUAUCGUGUUGCUGUCUGAUAUUAGAUGUACAGUCGGCUGAGGUGUAGCCGCAUCCAAGAUUUGAAACUAAUCUCAUUGCAAUAACAAAGU